AUGAGUAGCGAUAUCCGCCAAACCGCCGGGGGAAACGCCAGGUCCAAACGACGAUUAACCGAUGCCGUUGACGAGGAUAGCAGGCAGAUCCCCACGGCCGACGAUUCGACUUCGAACCCGAAAAGGCAGCGAGUGUCCCGAGCCUGCGACAGUUGUCGCGCAAAAAAGUCGCUGUCAGGACAAAUGCGAUGGGGCUCAACCAAUAUGCUCAACUUGCGCCUCGCUCUCGCGGCCAUGUACAUACCGAGCCAAUCCAAAGAAGCGCGGCCUUCCGACCGGAUACAUCCGCACGCUGGAAUUACUCUGGGGGCUAGUGUUCAAUAA